AUGAGUGUAGAGGCCAAGUACCGUGUGGCCUCUUUGUACGUGGGCGACCUCCACGCGGACGUCACCGAGGACCUGCUGUUCAACAAGUUCAGCGCGGUGGGGCCCGUGCUGUCCAUCCGCGUCUGCAGGGACCUGGCCACCCGCCGGUCCCUGGGCUAUGCCUAUGUGAACUUCCUGCAGCUGGCUGAUGCGCAGAAGGCUCUGGACACCAUGAACUUUGACCUCAUCCAAGGCAAACCCAUCCGGCUCAUGUGGUCCCAGCGGGAUGCCUACCUUAGGAAGUCUGGGAUUGGGAAUGUGUUUAUCAAGAACCUGGACAGAUCCAUAGAUAACAAAGCCCUGUACGAUCACUUCUCAGCCUUUGGGAAGAUCCUGUCCUCCAAGGUGAUGAGUGAUGACCAAGGCUCCAAGGGCUAUGCGUUUGUGCAGUUCCAGAGCCAAAGUGCGGCGGACAGGGCCAUCCAGGAGAUGAACGGGCGGAUGCUCCAUCACUGCAAGGUAUUUGUGGGCAGGUUCAAAACCCGCCAGGACCGGGAGGCCGAGCUCAGAAACAAAGCCAGAGAAUUCACCAACGUUUACAUUAAAAACUUUGGAGAUGACAUGGAUGAUGAGAGACUGAAGGGCGUCUUCAGCAAAUAUGGCAAGACCCUGAGUGUUAAGGUCAUGACAGACUCCAGUGGGAGGUCCAAAGGCUUUGGGUUUGUGAGUUUUGAGAGCCAUGAGGCGGCCAAAAGGGCUGUGGAGGAAAUGAAUGGGCAGGACAUUGACGGGCAGCCUCUUUUUGUAGGCAGGGCACAAAAGAAGGUGGAGAGACAGGCUGAGUUAAAGCAGAUGUUUGAGCAGCUGAAGAAGGAAAGAUUUCGUGGGUGUCCCGGGGUGAAGCUCUAUAUUAAAAACCUCGAUGAUACCAUUGAUGAUAACACUCUAAGAAAGGAGUUUUCUUCCUUUGGGUCCAUUAGCAGAGUGAAGGUGAUGCAGGAGGAAGGACGCAGCAAGGGGUUUGGCUUGGUGUGUUUCUCCUGUCCUGAGGAGGCCAUCAGAGCAAUGGCGGAGAUGAAUGGCCGAGUCUUGGGUUCCAAACCCCUCAAUAUUGCCCUUGCCCAGAGGCACUAA